UUCAAACUCAAAAAAGAAAUAAAAAUUUGCCGCAUAAUCAUAUUCACCUACGAUGAAGUCUUCUGAUCAAAUAUGCUCUAUCUUAUAAAAAUAAUUUUACUAUUCAGAUAUCUGAUUUAUUUAAAAAAAUAAGUAAAUGUGCUUAAAUAGGUAAAAAUGGUUUCGUCGUGGUAAGUAAGAUAGUAUUUGAAAAAGGGUAAAAUAGUGACCGACGCCUUCCCAAUAUUUGCCAACGCAUGAUUUAAGGGAAGAUAGCGCGUCCGCGUUGGUAUUAUAUUCCAACAGAUAGAUCCCAAAUUAGGCCCAUUCAAUUUAAUGAACCAGUGUUAGAUCUCUGUUCUCUCUCACACACAGAGGCACUGACUAGAGAGAGAGAUGAGUAGGAGAUCGGGGGCUUGGUUGAGGUGUUGCUUGGUGAUUUUUGCGGUGGUUUCAGCUCUCUGCGUAUCUGGGCCGGCUUUGUAUUUCAAGUUUAAGAAAGGGUUGAAAUUGAAAGGGCUUUCUGAUUCUUGCCCACCGUGCACCUGCAAUUGUGCUCCUCCUCGGUCCCUUUUCCAGAUUGUUCCUGGCCUGGCUAAUCUCUCUAUUUCUGAUUGUGGGAAAGAUGACCCUGACCUCAAGGAAGAGAUGGAGAAGCAGUUUGUAGAUUUACUAUCGGAAGAGCUGAAGUUGGAAGAAACUGUUGGUGUAGAACACUCCCAUCAUAUGAACAUCACAUUAGGAGAAGCAAAAAGGUUGGCUACUCUAUUCCAGCAUGAAGCCGAUAAAUGCAUAGCAGCCACAGAAACUUGCGAGGGAGCCAGGGAACGAGCGGUGGUGCUGCUCUCUAAGGAGAAGAAGUUAACUUCACUAUGGGAGCGAAGAGCUCGUCAAGCUGGUUGGGAAGGCGAGUAGUAAUAUACAUAAAAUGGGAUACAUUACCCUAUUUUUGAUGCUCUGCAUGUGGUGAUCAAGGAGAACAACUCAAGAGAUUUCUAGUGAGCAAAUUUUACAUGAAUCUCAUGUUGUUUUUGGUUUCGCAUCGUCUUUCUACUACAUGUAUCAAUUUUUCAUGCAUAUUUGGUCGAGACAUGGCUAAUUCAAAUUGUAUGUCUGAACAAAUAUCAUGUUGCUGUCAUGGUGUAAGUUAUAAGGAUUUGAAUCAUCUAUAAUAC